UUUCAGCCUUUAUAAACAACUUGAGACGCAUUUCCUCACGACAUAUCCUUGAAUGAAAGCACAUUUAUUUAUUCUCAACCGAAGAUUUUAAAAAGCCACUAGUCAACAAAAUGGAGGCAGAAUGUUAACUUGGCUUUUUGUUUUGCUAACAAGCUAUGUGUCAUACUAGGGAACAACUUAGUCUGUGAUUUAAUAAAACGACUAGCUUUGCAUUUGGUAAUUGAGAUUUGUUUAUAUGUUGGAGGUAACCAUUUUGCAGCAGUUCGUAUUGUGAAUGUGGUUGUUUGUCGUCUUUAAAAACAACCUGGCAGCUAUGGACAGAUAGCUCUUGAAGGGAGGACCACGCAUUGUGCUUUACAUUCAGAGCUGCAGCAGGAUGCCCCCGUCGGGUAAACGCGCCCUUCGCAGAGAGGAGCUGCAGCUGGAGCUGGCGUGUGAGUGGGGUUCGUGUCAGGAGACGUUUGACAGAAUGCAGGAGUUUUGCCAGCACGUGGAGAAACAUUAUAAAGCCACCGUGGACAGCGAGACAGACUUACCAGAAGAAGAGCGUAACUGUCUGUGGAGAGACUGUGGCUUCUGCUCAGUGGAAGGAAAUGCUGAGCUUCUCAGACACAUGUUCUUCCAUUGCUACCACACCAAGUUGAAGCAGUGGGGUCUUGCUAUACUCAAGGGCCACAGUGACAUGGGUGCCUGUUCGGUCGGCCUCCAUAACCGCAACAUUGUGCCUGAGGUCCAGGAGAACUUCCUUUGUCUUUGGGAGCAUUGUGAGAUGUCUAUGGAUAAUCCAGAGUGGUUCUACAGACAUGUGGAGAUGCACGCCCAUUGUCUCGAGGCUAAUGAAGAGAAUGUUUUGUUCUGUGGCUGGAAAGACUGUGAGGCCUCUUUCAAGGGCAGGUUUAAGCUGCGAGAGCACAUGCGUAGCCACACACAGGAAAAACUGGUAGCAUGUCCGACCUGUGGAGGAAUGUUUGCCAACAACACAAAGUUCUUUGACCACAUUCGACGGCAAACCUCAAUAGAAGGUCAAAGAUUUCAGUGUUCGCACUGCUCUAAACGUUUUGCCACCGAGAGGCUGCUGAGGGACCACAUGAGGAACCAUGUAAACCAUUAUAAAUGUCCGCUUUGUGAUAUGACCUGUCCAUCACCGUCCUCGCUGAGAAACCACAUCAAAUUUCGUCAUUCCAAUGAGAAGCCUUACAGCUGUGACUACUGCGAGUACAGCUGUAAAAACCUGAUAGACCUGCGGAAGCAUUUAGACACUCACAGCAGUGAGCCAGCGUAUCGAUGCGACUUUGCCGAUUGUGACUAUUCCACUCGCUCGCUUUACUCAAUCAAGAACCAUUACAAACGUGUUCAUGAGGGAGAUUACACUCCUCGCUAUAAGUGUCACGUGUGUGAGCAGUGCUUCACCCGGGGGAACAACCUCACUGCACAUUUACGCAAGAAACAUCAGUUCAAAUGGCCUUCAGGACACCCGAGAUUCAGGUAUAAAGAACAUGAAGAUGGGUUCAUGCGCCUGCAACUGAUCCGCUAUGAGAGCGUGGAGCUGACAGAGCAGCUGAUGCGGGAGCGGCAGGGAGAAGGGGACAGCAGUGAGUCCAGCCAGCAGAACGUCCAGCCUGGGGAAGAACUGGAGGAGACGGGACCCUUCAGCACCAUGGCUGGAAAUACAGAGGCAGGAAUAAGAAAGGAGGCAGUGGAUGUCUGUAGGACACAUGAAAAUACUGAAAGUGUGUUCUUGGUGUUGACAGCCGGCGCCCCCACAGAAACAGACUCUACAAGGGAGGGGGCCGUAAUGCGUCAGCUACAGGACACUGCCCAACAGCUGGGCAUGGAGGUGGUUUAACUGCACCUCCGAUUACUGGAGCACCCUAAGACUGCUGUGUCAGACAAUAAGAAGGUACAUUAGGACAUUCCAGUGACAAAAUGUACUAUGAGACUAACCGGGUACCAAAACAGGUAUAGAGCGCAUGUGAGAAUUAUCAUCAUCAGAACAGAGAAAGCUAAAUCACAAGUUCCUCCGAGGAUGUGCUGAAAUGAAUAGUUUAUUCAGAAAAGACGUUAGUUUUUUUUGUUAUAAUUUUCUCACCUCUUCUGACUCUUUAUUUAGUUUGUCACAAAAUGCAAAAUAAGCUGCCUUUUUCUAUUUAACCAACAAUGAUCAUUUAUACUGCCAGCUUCGAGACAGACAAAAAACACCAAGGUAAUAUAUUAAAAUGUAGUUCACAUGAUUUUACGUUUGUAAGAAGUGAUUUUUCCCUGUUUGGAACUUGGAAGUUUCUUUUGUAGGGAAAACCCAAGCAUACAAAUUCAGGAUCUCUUAUUGUGUUUCUUAAGAGAAGGAUACUGCAGGGUUAGAAUAUUAUCUAAUAUAAUCGUUUUGGGCUGAACUUUACCUUUAAAUUUGACUGUUUGUAUGUGUGCGCAAAUGAAUGAGCGAGAGAGAAGACGGUAAUGGGGAACGGAAAUGUUUAAUCCUACUGAACAGUUUAAUCAGCUUUCUUUGACGGGUUCAGACUUAAUGUGAAGGAAGAUGGACAGAUCUCUGUGGAGAACUCUUUACAGUGUAUAGUUUUAUAUAGUGUGCUUCGGUUUUAAAGUUGAAUUGGAAGUGCUUCUGAAUUUUAAAUCACCAUGCCCAUUUUAUUUAUUUUUCUAUGUUAUAUUGAUACCAGUUCUGUUGUGCAGUAAUACUGCUAUUGUAUCAAAGUAAACUGUAGUUUAAUUAUAGGGUUUUUUAUAUGUUUUUCCUUAGAAUAUUUUUUUGCCAUUUGAGGCCUGAUAAUCUUUUUAAAAAGAGAGAAUUCAUUUAGGGCAAACUGACUACAAUAAUUGACAUAACUUUCUUUUGAAUAAACAAUGGCAGUAAUUUCAGUA